GGCGAGGCGGAGGUAAUCGGUCGAGAUGGCAGAAGUGGAGGAGACACUAAAACGACUACAGAGUCAAAAAGGAGUGCAGGGAAUCAUCGUGGUGAACACUGAAGGCAUUCCCAUCAAGAGCACCAUGGACAACCCCACCACCACACAGUAUGCCAGCCUUAUGCACAAUUUCAUCUUGAAGGCCCGGAGCACUUUGCGUGAAAUUGAUCCCCAGAAUGACCUCACUUUCCUUCGCAUUCGUUCCAAGAAAAAUGAAAUUAUGGUUGCACCAGAUAAAGACUAUUUCUUGAUUGUGAUUCAGAACCCAAGUGAAUGAGUCAUCUUUUGGCUUACUGCAUCAUUCCUUAAUUGAAUGCCCCCCCAACUUGAUAAUCAUGUCAACCGACUGGCACUUGGAGAUCGACUUAAGAGCCCACUCAGACCAGUGACCAAGCAUAGCUGUAGCUCCUCCUGCCCAGCAGUGCCAGCACCCCUGUAUACUGGAAGGGUUCCCCCUUCUCAUCCCAGUUUCCAGCAGAACUUGUAAGAAGCCUGUACCCUACAUCCUCCUGACCUUCAGUGCAUUUUGCUUUUCUUUAACUAAAAAUAAUCCAAUGCUUA